GGGAGCCCGCGCAGCCCCAGCCCCGCGCACGAUAUAAGAAACGUGUUUCCCUAAACAUGGGUGAAACAGAGCAGAGGCCAACAGCAGGAUCCCGAUUAGGAGCUCAGGAAAAUGCUGGGAUCAGUACCUUGGAGCAUGGACAGAAACCACCUAUGACACCUCCAGGAAAACUCAUCUCCAUCAAAAUCCAAAUGCUGGAUGACACACAAGAAACUUUUGAUGUUCCGCAAAGAGCUCCAGGGAAAGUUCUGCAUGAUGCUGUUUGCAACCACCUGAAUCUUGUUGAAGGCGACUAUUUUGGCCUUGAAUUUCCAGAUCAUAAAAAGAUGAUGGUAUGGCUUGAUCUUCUGAAGCCUGUUAUGAAACAAAUUAGAAGACCGAAGCACGUAGUGGUAAAAUUUGUGGUAAAAUUCUUCCCACCUGACCACGCUCAGCUGCAGGAGGAACUGACAAGGUACCUAUUUGCAUUGCAAGUGAAGCAGGACCUGGCACAGGGAAGGCUAACAUGUAAUGAUACCAGCACUGCCCUCUUAAUCUCACACAUAGUACAAUCUGAGAUUGGAGAUUUUGAUGAAACCAUAGAUCGUGAACACUUAGCGAAGAACAAAUAUAUACCUCAACAAGAAGCACUAGAAGACAAAAUCAUGGAAUUUCACCGUAACCACAUGGGACAGACACCAGCAGAGUCUGAUUUCCAGCUUUUGGAGAUUGCCCGUCGACUGGAGAUGUAUGGAAUACGCUUGCAUCCAGCCAAGGACAGGGAAGGGACAAAAAUCAACCUGGCUGUUGCCAACACAGGCAUUCUGGUGUUUCAGGGUCAUACCAAGAUCAAUGCCUUCAACUGGGCUAAGGUUCGAAAGCUGAGCUUCAAGAGGAAACGCUUUCUUAUAAAACUACGGCCUGAUGUGAAUAGUUCAUUCCAGGACACCUUGGAAUUCCUUAUGGCCAGUCGAGAUUUUUGCAAGUCUUUCUGGAAGAUUUGUGUGGAGCAUCAUGCCUUUUUCAGGCUUUUUGAGGAACCUAAACCAAAGCCUAAACCUGUUCUUUUUUCUAGAGGUUCAUCAUUUAGGUUCAGUGGUCGGACUCAGAAGCAAGUUCUUGACUAUGUUAAAGAAGGAGGGCACAAAAAGGUGCAGUUUGAAAGGAAACACAGCAAGAUUCAUUCCAUCAGGAGUCUGACUGCACAGCCUUCAGAACAGCAUACAGAGGUGCCAAAACAAAGCACUAGCUUGGCCCAUGGAGACGACAAUGAUAUUGCAGCAGUACAGAGUUCCCGACAAGAAAAGGAAUUGAAAGCUUCCACAGAAGACACUGGACAGCACAAGAGCCCUUCCUUGAAGAAGAGCCCAAAGGAAGUCAAAAAGGUGGACGGAGCAGUGGUCUCAACAGUGGAGGAAGAAGAGGAAGCUGCUAAGGACAGGAUGCAGCAGAACAGACCUCAAUCCCAGCAACCAAGCACAGGUUCUCUGACUGGCAGCCCUCACCUUUCAGAACUUUCCAUCAAUUCCCAAGGGGGACCAUCCCUGGUAAAUAGGUCUUUAUCUCCGAAUUUGAGCCCUGAUGCCAAGCAGUCAUCUCCCUUGAUUAGCCCUUUGCUAAAUGACCCAUCAUGCAUCAGAACUGAUGAUGAGGAAGAGGUCAAAAGAAAGAGAUUCCCAACUGAGAAGGCUUACUUCAUUGCUAAAGAGGCAGCCACCACAGAACGAACAUACCUGAAGGACCUUGAAGUCAUCACAUCGUGGUUUCAGAGUGCAGUGAAUAAGGAGGAUUGCAUGCCUGACACACUGAAAAAUCUCAUUUUCUCCAACUUCGAACCUUUGCACAAAUUUCACACUGGUUUUCUCAAGGAAAUUGAGCAGAGACUUGCUCUGUGGGAAGGCCGCUCUAAUGCUCACAUUAAAGGAGAUUACCAAAGAAUCGGAGAUGUUAUGCUAAAGAACAUUCAGAGUAUGAAGCAAAUGACAAUUCACCUGAGGAAGCACAAUGAGAUUUUAAUUGAGUUGGAGAAUGGGAUUAAGAACUCUCGCAAGCUGGAGACCUUUUGCAGGGAUUUUGAGCUACAGAAAGUCUGCUACUUGCCUCUCAAUACCUUCCUUCUCAGACCUUUACACAGGCUUAUGCACUACAAGCAGAUAAUGGAGAGGCUUUGCAAACACUACCCACCUGACCACAUAGACUUCAGGGAUUCAAGAGCUGCUUUGGCUGAAAUUUCUGAAAUGGUGGCUCAGCUCCAUGGCAAUAUGAUAAAGAUGGAGAACUUCCAGAAGCUGCAUGAACUCAAGAAAGACUUGAUAGGCAUAGACAAUCUGGUGAUCCCAGGAAGGGAGUUCAUUAGACUUGGCAGUCUUAGUAAGCUGUCUGGAAAAGGUUUACAGCAACGGAUGUUCUUCCUGUUCAACGAUAUCUUGUUGUACACCAGUAGAGGCCUGACAGCAUCCAAUCAGUUUAAAGUCCAUGGGCAUCUUCCACUGUAUGGCAUGGCAAUGGAAGUAAGUGAAGAGGAAUGGGGAGUUCCUCAUUGUCUAACACUACGAGGUCAACACCAGUCCAUCGUUGUUGCUGCAAGUAGCCGUGCUGAAAUGGACAAAUGGACUGAGGACAUUCAGAUGGCAAUAGAACUGGCCGAGAAAAGCAGUGGCCCUACUCCAGAGUUACUGGCUAGCAGCCCACCUGAUAAUAAGUCUCCUGAUGAAACUACUGUAGACCAGGAAUCUGAGGACGACCUCAGUGCAUCCCGCACCUCACUCGAACGUCAGUCACCACACCGUGGCAACACUACGGUGCACGUCUGCUGGCACAGAAAUACCAGCGUGUCAAUGGUCGACUUUAGUAUUGCUGUGGAGAACCAGCUGUCUGGAAACCUCCUAAGAAAAUUCAAGAACAGCAACGGGUGGCAGAAGCUUUGGGUGGUGUUCACCAACUUCUGCAUGUUCUUCUAUAAAUCGCACCAGGACAAUCAUCCUUUAGCCAGCCUUCCUUUAUUGGGAUAUUCACUUACCAUUCCUUCUGAAUCUGAAAACAUUCACAAAGAUUAUGUGUUCAAGCUGCAUUUCAAAUCCCAUGUGUACUACUUCAGGGCUGAAAGUGAAUACACAUUUGAAAGAUGGAUGGAAGUGAUCCGAAGUGCCACCAGCUCUGCCUCACGCACUCGAGCUCUGAGUCAUAAAGAGCCUCACGCCUAUUGACGGCUGAAGAAGCCGCCAUGUUGAUUGUCCAGCAGCUGCUGAUUUUCUAGAGGACGUUUAAAACUCUUUUCUCCCUCCAAGUUUAGUAAAACUUGCAAUUUGGUAAAAGAAAAGAAAAAAAAAAACUAAGUAUGGUUUUGCAGAAACUUUAACAAUUCCUCUGCAAAACAGUUUUAAGUUCUCCGUACAUUCAGAGUAGCUUUCCAUCCUCCCAGUGGCUGCGGUUUGUUUCAUGUCUUGUAUUUUGUCAUUCUGUGCUGUUUUUAGCUUGUGCCAGUAUUAAAAUAUUGUCCUUAUUAGAGUGCCAAAUGCCAAAAGACAUUUUGUUGCCUCAAAGAUUGCACCUAAAAAAAGA